AUUAAUUAAGGACGACAUAUCGCCGCAAUGUAACAGAAGUCACCCAUUGUCGUCAAUGACGAAGUUGCUGAUAACACUUCAAUUUCUAGCCAAAUCUGAGUUCUACAGUGAAGGUGGCAUGACUCACGGUGUCUCAAGAAGUUCAGUUUGUAAGAGUAUUUGGCAGGUGCUAAAAGCUUUAGACCGCCGCUUGAAUACUGUGUUAUUCCCUACAUCGGAGAGAGAACUGGUCCAAGUGAAACAAAAAAUUUUUGGUAUAGCCGGAAUUCCAAAUGUGAUUGGAGCAGUGGAUUGCACACACAUCGCCAUGUUAGCCCCAAGGGAGAGAGAAGACAUAUAUGUGUGUCGGAAAGGAUACCAUUCCAUUAAUGUACAAGCUGUUGUAGAUGCAAACAUGAGAUUCACUAACAUUGUGGCAAAGUGGCCGGGAUCCACACAUGACAGUGUAAUCUUUGACAACUGUAGCUUGAAGGACUGGCUGGUGGAUGGAAGCAAAGGAUGGCUACUAGGAGACUCCGGCUAUGGACUGAAACCAUAUCUUCUUACUCCAAAGCUGAAUCCAAUGAGCAGAGCUGAGAUCGCGUUCAACUUGGCCCACAGUCGUUCGAGGAUGGUAGUAGAGAGGGCGUUUGGACUGUUGAAGUCACGUUUUAGGUUAUUAAUGUUAUAACAAAUAGAUUUGAUUUUUAGCUCCACUGGCCAAAGGCCAGCGGGGCUUAUGUCAUGGUCCUUUGUCCGUUGUGCGUGUGUCCGUGCGUUUACUUUUCCU